UCGUGAGUGGAAAGUGAAGUGUGAAUCAUGCCUCCUCUCCUGCUGGCGUUCCUACUGCUGGCGGGGUCUACUGAUGCUACUGGAGGAGGUUGGGGCUGGCGAGGACACACCUUCAACUGGGAACCGAAGGACGAAGCAGUGGAGCCGUUUUGUUAUCCUUACAAUUACACGUGUGGCCCUAUCGCUCCCUCGCCCCCUACGAGUUAUGAGGCGCAUCUGGAGCACGUAGACUUGGUACACAAAACCACGCACUACAUUGAGGAGUUUUACGACUACGAGAACAACCUGCUGGCGGUGACUGACGCCUUCGGGAACUCUUUACUGCACGCCAUUUUCUACUUCGAUAUUAACGCGGCGGUGCUCAUGUCCACUGACCGAGAGAUGGGCCCCAGCGAACACCACCCCACAAUCUGCAGUGUGGCUGAGAUCAGUCACUCUUCCGUGUUCCAUCCCUUCCCUGGCGUGAACGGCACCGCCCAUCUGGUAUUCGCGCCCUCCCAGGCUAUGCUCUUUGGAAACAACUACAGGUACGCCUAUGUGGACAACGGGACAGCAAGAUCCAUGGAGUACAACAGAUGGGACGCCUGCAUAUCAACUCAGACCGAAUCCUUCAACAUUGAAUAUUACUGGACAGACCCAGAGUUGGUAAAUGAUAUGAAUGGGUAUACAAGUGAGAGGCCCAUUAAGAUGAGAAUGACCGGCCACGCCCAACCACCGCCCGGCACCAGUGAGAUGGUGCAGAUUGAUUCAGUCUACAGUGUGGCGCUCUUCGAUGCCAACCCAGACCUCAAGAACCUUCGAUGGGCCUUUGAGAUCCCUAGUGGUGUGUACUGCCAAGAUUUCCCAUCAGUCAAGAGCCCUCCAAGUACCCUGGCCCAUGCUUUCUCCAUGAGGGUUGAGUUGUCAUGGCGAGGUGACUCCGACAUGUUUGGAAAAUAUGAACGCGGAGAUGAGUUCAUGAUGACUUUCAGAACAUGGUACGACUUCUACAAUCAAUUAACCCGGGUUGACUCCAUGACACAACUGGCAACGCCCGAGUUCAGUGUGGCCGGUCUGACACAAGUUGCUGUUAUCAGUGACUUCAGGGCAGGGGUGGAAUACAUCAUAGACAAGACUCUGGGGAACUGCACCACCAUGAAUCUCACUGAUAACGGGUACAGCUUCACUUCUCCAGAUGGGCACCACAGCAUCAGUGACCCUCUUCAUGUCUUUGGCAUUGAGGGCGGGCCAAACCUCACCUACCAAGGCAUGAAGUAUGCCCGUGGUCUACCUUGUGAUGUGUGGGUUGGCCAGGAGAGCUCUCAAGAUGGUACAUUUCACAACUCUUACCUGUAUGAGCUCUACUUCCUACAGGCUGGCUGGAUGGAGGAUACAGGAAACCAAGUUAAGAGUCUCCCAGUGCCUGUGCUGAUCAAGGUUCACAAUGUCUAUGGUGAUGAAACGAUGACAGUCUACUUGGACCUACAGGAGAAUAUCUUCAAAUUUGAAGAGAAUGACCCCAGCAUGAGUGUGUUCGACAUCACACCUUGCUUCACUGGCCAUGACCAUAUCAGAAGGUUCCAGAUGGCCUUCUCUAGUGACUACCGAGAUGACUUUGACCGCGACCCAGCUCUGUUCACCCAAGAGAUUACAGAUUCGCUUCUUGUCUAUUUGCGAAUCCCUUUCCUCAGGUUACAGCACCCAUUGGUUGAGUAUGUCAAGGACUUCAAUCAUCUCUUCUACGAGUUCACACUGCUGGAUCAGCCACAGGUGGACAUGGAGAUGCCACAGUACGUGGGCAAACCGCUGGCAGAGGUGGUGGAGGAGCUCAAGCUGUCCAUGUAUACUCUGGUUAUUGUGAUCAUUGAUGAACAAGGGCACCCCAAAAAAAUGAAACCUAUAGCAAACAGUCUCAGGGAAUUGUUUGAGGAUGGUUGCUACUCCAGAGACACAUCCUACCCACCCUUCCAUGACCUACAAAACCCACGGCCUGUCACUGAUGUGCCUCGUGUCACCAGCAAUGACUGGAUAGAGAAGACCACCACAGAAGAGAGAAAGGAAGAUGAAGUUAAGGGUUCUGUUUUCACUUUUUUGAUGGAGAUGCAACAGUGGGUGCGAAGUAGUAGUGACGAGGAGACAUACUACACGCCAGGGGACAUGGCAGGCAUGGCAGUGGGCAUGCUGUUGCUGGGCCUCCUCCUGGGCACUGUGGUCAUGCUGGUCAUCCUUAGGAAGAUGGGGCUCUCCAAUGACUUAGAGUACAUCCCCAUGAAUUCCAGAAGGAACUGAUUACCACCUCAAGAUGUCGUUUCUGGAAGCAGAAUAGCAUAAGAGUAAAGAAAACCAAGGAAAUGGCAAGAAGCUGUCAGGUCUACAUGUGGUAGUCCCUAUAUGAAAUAUACAUACUCACUUCCAUGUUAACCUCAUCUACAAAUUUGUCUAUUCUUGAAAAGCUCCCUUGUGACUCAGCACUAACAGUCUAAUUACUAAGUAUACAGUCAACCCUCGGCUAUCGCGACUUCGGCUAUCAUGUUUUAUUGCUAUCACGCACCCAUGAAAAGCUGCUAAAAUUUCAUUAUCGCAA